UGUCAAACUAGGAUAAACCUACCCGUACACCAUAUCAUCUCCUCUCAAGCCACACUGGCACAACACAUCUUCUCCUCUUGCCAUUCUCUCUCGCAUAAGGGGGUGAGGCCAAGGCGCGCGCGUACAUGGCCGAUGCGGCAGGUACCCAGCAGGAUCAUCAUAUCGCUAGCGCCGGCGCUCUCAAAGACGCCGGCGGCCUGCCGAGCGAUACAAACGGUGGAAGUACGUGGGAGAUAGAGGAGUUGCAGCCGGAGGAACGGCCGCGGCAGGGCUCCCCCUCCUCCGGCGCACAGGGCGCGGCUUCCUCCGGCGACGCCACCGUCGACGACGUGUACGUGGCAGUUGGAAAGGGUCGAUCGAGCAUGGCGGCGCUGUCAUGGGCGCUGCGGCGGCUCACCAAACCGCAGAGCUUCGUCUACCUCGUGCACGUCUUCCCCGUGGUCACCAGCAUCCCCACCCCAUUAGGAAUGAUGCCUAAGAGCCAAGCGAGCCCAGAGCAGAUAGAAACUUACUUGAACCAGGAGAGAUCGAUAAGGCGACAGAUGCUGCAGAAGUUCCUGGACCAGUGCCGCAAAUUUCAGGUUAAUGUUGAUGUGUACCUCAUCGAGAGCGAUCAAAUCGCUAAUGCGAUCAUCAAACUUGUUCCUGUCCUGCACAUAGAGCAGCUAGUAUUUGGGGUUUCAAAGUCCAACGUGCGGAAGCUGAAGAGAGGAAGCACAAUAGCAGGACAGGUACAGAAGAGCGCACCUCUCUACUGCAAAGUCAAUAUUAUCUGUGAUGGCAAAGAAGUGACAACAGCGACAACUGCUGAUCCAACACCACCACUGUCACCUUCUCCUGUAAAUAACAGCAGCACAUCCAACAACCCAACGCCACCAUCAUCUACACCAAAUCAUGAUAAAGCAGCUACAAAUUACGACAAAAAAGACAGUGAACCCAGUCCCAGAGAAAGAAAGAAAAUCACAAAGUUUUUUAGAUGCUUUUCGUUGUGAUUAUCGUCUGAUUGCUGUUUCAGUCACUUUCACUGGACAGCAUAAGUUUGCGAUUAACAUUUUUGAAAAUGUUUUUAUUUUUGAAAGUUAUUGAUUUAUGUGUAAACUUUUCAGCAUUUGGCUGAAUUGUUUUGUGAUUAAGUUCUUUUUUUAUUUGCUGGAGAUGAAAUGAUGAGUUGUAUUUACUGUAAUAGUAAGAAAAAACACAUGAAAGUUACAUGUUAAUAUAUGUACAGCAACCACAGAGUAUGCUCCUUCUGAAGAAAGCUUAGUGCUUCCAGCUGAUCAGAAUGGCAAGCACAUGCAACACACCACUCUUUGUGCAGCCAGAAGA